AUGGUAAUCGUUCACAUUAACGGCAUCCAUCGCCUUGUGGUUUACCCAUGUGCCUGUAUUGGCGCAGCAUCCCUGGACGAGCAGUGUGUGGCGGGUGGGCUGUACCCGAGUACCUUCAAGGCUGUGGAGACAGUAUUCACCUAUGAGCUUUUACACGACUUCAAUCUCGCCUCGCUAGAAUGCCGCACUUCAGCGAGUGAAUACUUCAGCAAGCUGCGCAGACUCACCAAUCCUGAUUUCCCUGACUGUGUACCGAAUCGCCAUCGUGAACUUCUACGGACAGCCAGACAAUUCCGACAUCUAAAGGAGUUGGUGCAAUUUGGGUUCACUACUCGCGAGGCUGCUAGCUCCCCUGGUUCCCUGGCGAUAUUCUGUGCAGCAUGUCCACAGCCCGACAUCAACCUUGAAGAGAAUUGGGAACAGGACCGCAGAACAUGGAAAUUUGCCAUGUCCUUCGUGGCCGACGGGAACUUCGUCUGCGUUCGGCAAAGUAAAAAAGGAGCAGGUCAGGACCUCUUUCUGAAGCGGGGCCAAGGUUACUUUGUCGAGUCCGAAGAGUACAAGCGGCAUUUGCGUUCCGCUAGUGAGGAAGUCGAGCCAUCCACUUGCAACGAGCAUCGUGCAGUUGCCGAUAAGAAUAAAGGGCACAAGGGAUACGACGCGACUGGAAUUGGGGCUCUGGCAUGCGCUCGCCAUGGUGCCUUUGUCCCAUCGUCAAUCGUGGACUUCCAAAAAGGGGAACGCCAAAUGAACAUGGAUUAUUCGUUGUGCAAAGGGUUGAAGACUGUUGUCUCACCCAAAACAAGGUGUGUCGUCUUCAUAUACGAUAUCUGCUGCCAAUAUUGGAAGAACCUCCUUUCCCGCACACAGAGAUACAGCCCGAAGCUUGACCUUCCCUGGUACAAGUCGAUGACGUUCGGCAUUGGACAAUUCCACGUCCACGGCCACCAAGAGAGGUGUCUUCCCCGGUUUUCCCCGUUGUACAUCGAUGGGCUUGGGUGGAAUACCGGUGAGAUUUUGGAAUCAAACUGGUCACUGUUGAACCCGACAGGGAUUCUGGCGAGCACAAUGACCGAGGCACAUCGCCUUGAGGUUUUGGAUGGCAAGCUCCUGGAUCUCAAUUGGAAGAAAUUGACCAACCUCCAUGUGUCGCUUCCGGGCCUACUAAAAACCGCUUUGACGAACCUUUUGGAAUUCACCGAGGCCGUUGAAAUGUUGAAGUCGUCGGCAACAGCGGACCAAAGGGCGGAAUGGGAUCAACAACUCAAGGAAGCUCAAAGGAAACGCGAGAAUCACGUCCCAGAAGCCAUGGAUAUCUUGAUGUCAACGAUAGAUAAAGCACCAUCUCGGAAAACUGUCGAGGCGCGCCUCAUAACGGAAGAAAUCAAUUCGAGUCGAAAUGUGGGAAUGACAUCGUGGAUUCAAAAAGGAAUUCUAAUUCAGGAGUUGCAGAUCGAUACAAUGACUUUGGCAAAGGAUCUUGGUAGCACACCUUCUGACUCAAAACAGUUGGACUUGGAAAGGAAACGUGCCGCCCUCAAGCUUAAACACGACGAACACUUCGAAGAAGGGCUGAUGUUAUUUCCAGUCCUGGCGCCCAGUAAGGCGGACGACUCCGACCCGCGAGCACGCUUUUUCCUCGCCCCUAUACGCGAGCCUUGUACUUGCGAAGAAUUCGAAUGCGGCCAUCUAGACAUGAACAUUAAUCCGUUUCAGGAGUUGCAGAAGGGCCCUUUGGAGAAGUUGGCAGUGCUGCUGCCGUCCUCAGAACCUCAUGCAGGCUCCAUAUUUCCACAGUCUGCCCGCGAAGCGGAAUUAGCCUUAAGGAAGGCCCAGGCGGACGAAUCGCUGGCCAACAUUCGGACUCAAGUCGGGUAUAAAUCGUUCUUGUUCAAAGCUAACGUCCAACUCGCGGAGAACAAAGCGCAGAAGACCCGGGGAUAUGCUGCCGUUUCGUCGGCGGAAAAGGCCAUUCAAAGACACACCAGGGUAUACAACCAGGCACAGUGGGCGAUCACGCAACUCACCGACGAUCUCGCGGUCAAGGACAAGUACCGCCCACUUCUUAAGGGCGAUGCCAAACCGCUUCAGUCGAUCUACCAACCUAAUGCACCGGGACAGAGUCACGAGGUAGUCAGCUGGAUCUGGGGGUGGAAACAUACGGGCAAUACCGACAGCCCGGAAUUCCUAGCUGAGAUUUGCCGCCUCAAUUGGCUCCGAACGACGUCCCGCCUCAAGCGGUGGGAGGAGGAAGUCCUUCUUGUGCGUGCUGAAAUGGGAUGGACGGUUAGAUAUAUGGAAAGAAAGGCAGAUGAAUGGGAGGGUAAAGGUGGAGUGAGCAACAGUGCGGGAGUGCAAGCGGUUGCCUCAUGUCAAGCCGCAUCAUGGCGGAAGUUGGCGUUCCAAGCCAAGGCGGCUUUUAAGGAUUUUAUGGACUCAACCCAUUAA